UCCCGGAUUAACAUUUACAUAAGUCUUGGCAGUUAGAAGCUUGCUUGCGCACGCGCUGUGAAGAAAUUCUGGAUUUUCUUAGAAUUUUACGGGGUACACCGUGGGUUGAGAGUUGAAUAUUAAUUCGUCUUCAAAAUGGCGGAUUUUAAAGUCACGGAUAAGCAGUUUACAGAUGCUAAACAGACUUUCCACCUGUACCAGAAGAAGGGAACGGAGGAGGUUGCUACUAAGGAUCUGGACCAGCUGUUCAAGGCCAUGGCGCUGCACGUUGACGACGACAAGCUUAAAGACUGGGCUGACGAGAUGGACGAUGACGCCGUGGGUACCAUACCGUGGGAGAAGUUUAAGAUUCUAUUCGAAAGAAAACUGAAGGAAGACGAAGAAGAGAAAGAAUUAAAAGAGGCUUUCAGAGUUUUAGACAACCAAAAAAAAGGAACUAUUCCUGUCGACGAUCUCAGAUGGAUCUUAAAAAGUCUAGGUGAUGAUAUUACAGAAGAAGAAAUCGACGACAUGAUUGCGGAGACUGAUACCGACGGAAGCGGAACCGUAGAUUAUGAAGAGUUCAAAAGUUUGAUGUCAUCGGAAUGAGCUAAGCGCAAAGGAAGUAGUGACUCUAGCGACACAAUUUUCUCACCAUUUCCACAAAAGGUCAUCUUGCAUCAAAAGUCCAUAAACGAGAGCUUACUUCUCAACCGAUGGCUUUGUAGCACGAAAUUUGCUGAUAAAAAGGACUCUGAAAAGCAAUUAUUUGUUAUUGUUCUCAGAAAUGUCUGAAUUUUUUUUUACGUUUACCCCCUCAAGUGCAUAUACGUAUCAAAGCUGCAAAUGUUAUUUUUAACUACAAAUUUUAUUGGCUGUUAUUUAUAGUGUGUAUGCUCACGUGACUGCUCUAACUACGCCUUAACCAAUAAGCUGGCUGCAUUUAAGCUGUUCUGCGCAUAAUUUCUCGAGCAAUACUCAUACACUAUCUAACUUGGAACCUGUUUGCACAGCGCUCGCAACUAACACCUCCCUAGUUACUAGAAACCAUACUAACUAGCGUUAUACACUUACGGAUUAACAUAACACCUUGUUCUUCUGUUUACAGAGUUUUAUGCCCUGAUGAUGGGAUAAAUCAACCAUCGUCUGAAAAUGUCUUCCGAGUGUGAAGUCUACUUAUGUUUGAGAUCAAACUCUGUGAAGUUCCUUAACACUUACACUAGUAUAUUGUGAUAAUUAUUCACUCAUUUAUCCAUUAUAGAAACUUUUUCAUAUAAACUAUAGACACUUUUAAGUCAUGAGAAUAGCUUCACCUACGUUUCAUGUCGCAUAAUGACUUAUUAUAAAGAAUCGACAAAAAUAAAAUAAUAAUGAAGAUCUACUACAUAAACAAUAUCAACUAUAAUUAACACUUAUUUAUCGGACCAUGUAAUGGAAGAUUCCCAUUUAUAACCAAUGUACAUGCACUAGUUUGAUUAUACUUUCAAUUUCCUAGCGUUUCUUUGUUUUGGAUAACUUGGUUAAGGAAAUAUGUACGUUUAGCAGGGGCUUAGAGGUUAACUUAGUUUUCGGCCUUUUGUAUCCGCAUGCUGAAUGACCUUUAUAAUUCACUUAUUUCACGCUGUACUAACGUCUAUUGAAGUUACUUUUACGUCAUCUGUCUCAAUGCCAGCUUUAUUAAUUGUUACAGUAUCACACGCACAUUUUGACAGGUUUUGCACGAGAGUGGUUUUUCAUUGACAAUGUGUUUCAAAUGCUGUUUUCAAAAUAACAAUGAAAUUACAACCAGUCAAUUAAAAUAAAUGUGUAUGCAUAAUUCUUGCCUACGUAAAAUGCUUAAGAAUGAGAAAUACGUUCGCUGUAUGUCUGAAUUGUAAAUAAUCCCACGGUUUAUAUCAUGGAAGUUCGAUUUAUGUUUGAAGAUAAAUAAACGAAGAAAUUUA